CAUACGCAACCCAGCAUCAAUCCUCUCUCUCUCUCUCUCUUAAAAACAAGAAGAGAAUAAAGACCCAACUUUAGUCGAAUCGUUGGUUAAUUUGAGAUUCCUGAAAAAAAAUGGGCAUAAUUAGAAGAAGUUUCGUAUUCAUGUUGGGCACAAUCACCGGAAUCUACGUUUCUCAGAAUUACAACGUGCCCAAUAUCAAAAAACUGAUGGACACCGGGGUUGCGAUGGCCAAGGACGUAGAGGAGCGCUACCGCAAGCCCAAGAAAAACCAGGACGACCAACCCGGCGGCGAGUAAUUCCAUUGGUGAUAUUUGGAGAGAAGACACUUGCCACGUACCAAUAAGAAAUUGUGUUCUUUUCUCCCGUCUCUGUCAUGAUCAAUUCUCCCUAAGGUUUUUUAUUUUUAUUUUUAUUUUUAAAUUAUAGUGGCAAUUUCAUGAGAAAUUUCGUUUUUUUUUUGUCACGCUAUUUUAUAAAUCAUAGCUUA